CUCGGCCUGAUUACAACACCUCAGGCCUCAGUAUUUAAGUCUCCUUCUUGGAGUUGGAUUUAUCGUUAUUCUAUAAUCUUACAUCGUAUACCACUCAUUGUUACUUCAAUUCUCCAAGAUGUCAUCUACCGUUGGUCAACCCAAGACCAAGCUUAACAUCGUCAUGGGCGCUGCAACCUUCGGCGAAGAAGGUCGACCAGCAGUACGGAUACAUGACUUGGACGAGAUUGAAGCUCUUUUAGAUAUAUUCCGAUUGCAUGGACAUACUGAUGUCGAUACUGCUUAUUUUUACACUGGGGGGACCAGUGAAGUUGUCCUGGGAAAAAUAGACUGGAAGUCUAAGGGUCUCAAGUUAGAAACCAAGCUUCCUGCAAUAUUCAAUGAAGAACAGAAAACCGUGCACGGAACUGAAGAAAGCGUGUCACACACAUAUGAGGAUAUUAAAUCUCACCUUCUUAAAUCUCUCAAAGCCCUUGAUUCCGAGCAGUUGGAGAUUUUCUACUUGCACACUCCCGAUCGUUCGACACCUUACGAGGUGACCAUGAAAGCGAUAGAUGCUCUCCACCGCGAAGGAUACUUCAGAAGGUUUGGCAUCAGUAAUUAUACCUCUUGGGAAGUAGCCGAACUAGUGGGAAUUUGUAAAGCGAAUGGUUAUGUCGUCCCGUCCGUAUACCAAGGACUGUACAAUGCGGUUCAUCGCGCCGUUGAGCCAGAGCUCAUUCCUUGUCUUCGAAAAUUUGGAAUAAGCUUCUACGCUUUCAAUCCUUUGGGAGGAGGAUUCUUUACUGGGAGAUAUAGCUCUUCUGAAGAUGAUGUUGGCGAAGGGACACGCUUUGAUCCCAGUGCAGUACAAGGCAAGCUUUACAGGAAUAGGUAUUGGAACGAACAUUACUUUGAAGCAACUUCGGCUAUUCGCGCAAUUGCUGAUGCACACGAGCUUUCCAUGGCGGAAGUUGCUUUACGUUGGUUGUGCCAUCAUAGUGUCCUGAAGCGCGAUUUUGGUGAUUCAGUUCUCAUUGGGGCUUCGAGUCUGAAACACGUCAAGCAGAAUCUUGUCGAUCUUGAGAAGGGCCCUCUCCCGGAGAACGUCAUCGAGGCUCUUGACAAAGGUUGGGAAACCGUCAAGCCGUAUGCGUCAAGUUAUUAUCAUUGAUCAGCUGAAUAAUGGAAAAGUCGAGGAAAAUACUAUAAACUUUGGACGCAUUCUGUCCAAGAAGAUGUUACGGAGUGGUCUGAUAGUUACGAACAUGUAUGUAGGAUAGGGGUUUGACAUAUUUAUACAUAGUUGGUGGGAAAGCUCACGGCACA